AUGCCGGCUGCUGUCACCUCCCAACAGGAACGGCCCAAAAAGCCAAAAUGCAAAACCAUCCACGAGGCCGUCAAAACUGGGAACGUCAAACAGCUGGAUGAAAUGGUGACCUUUGGCGUCAGCAUUAAUGAGGUGGAUCCAGUCUAUAAAUUCACUCCUCUGCACUGGGCAGCCCAUUCCGGAAGUUUGGAGUGUCUUCACUGGCUUCUCUGGCAUGGAGCUGAUCAGACUGCGGUGACUGCAAGAGGCUGGACAGCAGCUCAUUUGGCCGCAAUUCGAGGCCAGGAUGCCUGCAUGCAGGCCCUUCAUCUCAAUGCCGUGAAUCUAGGCGUCCCAGAUGAGUUAGGGUGCACUCCAGCGCAUCUCGCAGCGACUCACGGACACUCAUUCACGUUACAAACCGUGCUCCGGAGCGGAGUGGAUGUCAACGCUUCUGAUAAGAACGACUGGAAGCCUCUUCACAAUGCUGCUUUCUACGGCCGGUUAGGCUGCCUUCAGCUUCUCGUCCGAUGGGGAGCUACUUUAGAUGAUGCGGAUAAGGAUGGAAACCUUCCCGUUCACCUGGCCGCUAUGGAAGGCCAUCUGCACUGCUUUAAAUAUUUGGUGAGCAAAAUGCCCACGUUGGUCCACUCCUUGAAAGCCCGGAACGACCAUGGUGAGACCCCACGGGAUCUGGCCCAGAGGUUCUACAAGGAAAACAUCCUGGUUUACAUGAACAGUAUGGAGGAGGAGGAAGAGUCAUCGGACGAGGAAGAAAAUGUAAGCUUUCCAGGGCAUGAUGCUGCCUUCAGAGGGGACCUGGACACCUUAAGGAUGCUCCUGGAAAAUAAAAUCAUCAACGUUAACGAACGAGACGAUCGAGGAUCAACGCUCCUCCACAAAGCGGCCGGACAAGGUCACUUACACAUCUUAGAAUGGCUGAUUAACAGGGAAGCCGACUGCAAUAUUGCCAAUGAUGCCGGAGAAACACCCAAGGACGUUGCAAAGAGAUUUGCCCAGCUAGCUGUCGUGGCCUACCUGAAGAACAAGAUGGGAAACGAUUCCGAUCUGGAAAUCGACAUCAAAGACCCCUCUUUCUUCGAACAUCACGGGGUGGAAGGGAGCACCGACAACCAGGAGGACCUGAAGGAAAGCAAGCAAGAGAAAAUCGACGCUCGGGGAAGAGCCUACCAAAAAGUGGAAGAGUUGCAAGGUCUCCUAGAAGUGGCCCUCAGCAACUUCAAGCAGCUUGGAGGCAUCACUCCCCAGGAAAGGCAGACCAAACUCGAUGAGAAAAGGUUUGAAAGGACCAUCUCUGAGCUGAAUAUGCAGCUGGAAUAUGAGCAGAUGCGACGGGAGAAGUUGGAAGCUCAACUGGACGAAACCCGAGCAGAACUAGGAAAACUCAAAGAGCUACUAGAAAAAAACGAGAUGCCUUCGACCCAUAAGCUCCCUGUGGAGUCACUGGAUUUCCCGAAAGAAGAGCCUGACUCAGACGCAGCCGUCUCCGAUUUGCCUAAAGUGAGUUUUGACAGCAAGAAAGAGAAGAAGAUGAAGAAAAAGCCUCCUUUCAGCCCUGGGGGUGUGAUUGUAAAAAGGUUCUAAGAGAAGUAAGGAAUAAACAAAAGUAAGCAUUUGACUC